CUUGCUGCUUUACACAUGUUGAGUUAUGGCGGCUGCCGUGGCUGAGGUGCCGACGCAAGAAAGCGUGAACGGAAAGGUUGAUCAGUUGGCUGCUCAAGCACCUGAAGAGAAGACAAAUGGCGAAGGUGAUGGUAGCCAACGGAGAAGACGGAAAAGAGGCUUUGAUGUUGGGCCAGGGGGAGAAUCACCUGUGGCUGGUGCAGCAAAUGGAGAUGUAGAAGAUCAACCUAUUGAUGAUGGAUCAAAUGGAGAACUUGUUAUUGGGCCAGGAGCAGGUGGUAUGCAGCCACGCCCCUCAGAAGUAAAAAGGGCACUGCCUCCUCUGACCUAUCAACAGGAAGAGAUGCUCAAGAAGGCAAAGAGAUUUGCAAUGGAACAGUCUGUCCAACAGGUGUUAGCAAAACAGCAAGCUCUCCAACAGCAACAGAUGUCUGCCCUACAGACAGCUGCUCAAAGACAGAGAGCAUUAGCUCUAAUGUGCAGAGUGUAUGUUGGGAGCAUCAAUUUUGAACUCCGUGAAGAACAUGUCCGACAAGCUUUUAUCCCUUUUGGUCCAAUUAAAAAGAUAGAUUUGUCAUGGGAUCCUCUGACCAUGAAACAUAAGGGAUUUGCAUUUGUGGAGUAUGACUUACCAGAGGCAGCCCAGCUUGCUUUGGAACAGAUGAAUGGUGUUCUGCUUGGAGGGAGAAACAUAAAGGUGGGUCGUCCAAGCAAUGUACCACAAGCAGCACCACUGAUUGAGCAGUUUGAGCAGGAAGCUAAGAAGUAUGCUAGAAUCUAUGUGGCCUCUGUUCAUGCAGAUUUGGCUGAGGAUGACAUAAAGAGUGUAUUUGAAGCAUUUGGUAAAGUGCGCAGCUGUGCUCUUGCUCCAGACACCAUGCCAGGAAAGCACAAGGGCUACGGCUUCUUAGAAUAUGAAAACCAACAGUCAGCCACAGAUGCCAUAGCCUCCAUGAACUUGUUUGAUCUUGGAGGACAGUACUUGAGAGUAGGUCGAGCCAUCACACCUCCAGCAUCGGCACAGACUAGUAACGGUACAUUGCCACCUGCAGCUGCAUUAGCUGCUGCUGCGGUGUCAGCAAAGAUACAAGCACAGGAGCAGGGGCUGACAAGCACAUUCCCAGCCAUUACAAUUGCUGGGAGUACAGUGAUCACUUCCAUAGUGGGUACAGCAGGCCUGGUUGCUCUGCCAACCAUGGCAGCUGGAACCCUUGCCCCUGGAACUCUUGCACCAGGAGUGAUGUCAACAAGUAUUGCAGCACAGCCAAUUAUGACAGCAUCUACAGCGCUGCUAGCAGGUCCCCCAACAGCAGUUGUGACACCAGUGCCUGCAACACCUGUGGUAACCACCACAGGCCUACCAGUCCAGUCAGCAGCUGUUCAACAGCUACAAAUUCAACAGCAACAACUUCUUGAACAGCAACAACAACUUGUACAGCAACAGCAGUUGCAACAACAGCAGCUGCAGCAGCAAUCAGCCCAGGUUAUUGCAGCACAACAGGCUGAGGUGCGUGCCAAGAUUGAAGAGGAGACGCAGAGAAAAGUGGCAGAGAGUAGCAUAAGUCACGAGGAGAACAUGUCAAUAUCUGGUAGUAAUGCCAGGUAUAUGGUCAUGCAGAAACUGUCUCGCAAAAGUGAGUCUAAAGUUCUGGUGCUGCGAAACAUGGUAGGAGUGGAAGAUUUGGAUGAAGAACUGGAGCACGAGGUGACAGACGAGUGCAGCAAGUUUGGAGUGGUCAGUAGGGUGGUGAUUUAUAAUGAGAGACAAGGAGAGGAGGAGGAUGCUGAAGUCAUAGUUAAGAUAUUUGUGGAGUUCACUCAACCUUCAGAAACCGAAAAAGCUGCUAAUGCUCUUAAUGGAAGAUGGUUUGGGGGCAGGGUUAUCAAAGCUGAAGGAUAUGAUGAACUGAAAUUUGGUGCUGGAGACUUAUCAGGAUAGACAUUGCCUUUGUUCCCUGUGUAUUAUUUUACACUCACAGAAGAAAGAGAUACACUCUAGUUAGCUUUUUCCUGACUCAGUUCACUUAACCAUGGAACUGCUACCUACUUAGAGUAUUUUGACUGAGUUUUUGGUAGUAGUAGCACUAGCUAUACUGGUGAACCAAAGAGAAACAUGACAGAAUUCUGGCCAGCACUGACCAGCAUUUUCCCUCUCACAUGGCAUGCAAUGUUUCUUCUGACAGGAGCCCAUCAGCAGCAGCCUCUAUCUGCACUGAUUCCUUGAGUCAACCCUUUCCUGAGUAGAUUUAUUUUUAGAACAACUUUUUGCUGUAGAAAGUAUCACCCUUUGGUCGAGUCAACCACGAACCACAAAAACUGGUUUUCCUCCCAAAUACAUGUUUGGUGGGAGUUUGAUGUAAAACAUUAGGAUGGUAAAAGCUCUGUUUUGAUUAACCCUUUACACCCUAUCAUCAGUAUGCAUAUUCUCUAAACUGUUCUCUAUAUAUUUCCUGAGAUGCUGACAGGGAGAAUUUUUUAAGCAAUCAAGAACUUCUUUAGUUGGUGAUCAUUUCCUCUAUUCUCAUAACCUAGAUGUGUGAUUUGGGGAUGAUAUUGUAAGGAAAAAUUAGGUGCUAAUUACUCUUAAGGGUUAAUGGAUUAAGACUUCCUUGGGGAGAUCGAGGCUCCUUUCCAUGGCCUCCUGCCCCUGUACAUAAUCUCUGUUACUUUUAAUGCUUUAAUGGGUCACCUGUGGUAUUUUGAUAGCACCUCAAACAUUUGCCUCUGAAGAGGAUUGAAACUGAACAAAAGGUUCCCCUUUCUAUUUUCUAAAACUAAAAGUUCCACAGUGUCUUCAAAGUUGCUUUGUCAGUAAGGAAUUAAGACUCUAGGUUUGAGAGAUCAGGAGAAGUGUCACACUGUUGUAAGGCGGUAAGUUGCUAAAGAAACUCUGGUGCUGCAUGGGGGUACUACAAGAUAAUUGGGUUUUAUCAACUGAGUAGGUAAAUGUAAAUUAGCCUCUGUAGAGAGUUCCUAAGGCAGAUGUGUUGAGUGUUAGCCCUUCAUCAUUUGCCUUGACAAAGGGUGAAAAAUGUCAGCCUUAGAGAAGGUGUGCUAAUUUACAUCAUCAACUUACUUGAUAAAACCAAAUUAUGUUGCAACUAUUAAAAGCUCAAGCUCCACUCAGACAGUCUUAAUGUUGUUGUUUUCCUAAAUAAAAGCUUGGAAGUAGAAUCAUUUUGUAAUGGCUAGGUGCUUGCAAAUUCAAACCGGUUGAUUUGUGGUUAACAAAAAAAUUAAAGGCAAAAGGUUUGCCCCCCUUGAGGGCAAAAACUUUUAAAAAGUGUAGUUAUUUUUAACCAAACCUUGAGCAGUUCAUAGGCAACUUGUAAAUACUUAUGAAAAAUACGUUUACCUGUACAAUGUUAAUAAAACAACAAUAAUAAAAAAACAAACAAAGGUA